AUGCCUGUGAGUCAGCCCAUUUGGGAUUAAACAGAAGAAAAAUGGAAUAAAAAAACCGGAGGGGGAAACACCCUGGAAUUCCCCCCAAAAGAAAAACACUAAUUUUUCCCUUUUUUUCCUUUUCCCAAAAAUUUUUUUUUUUUUUAAAAUUUUUUUUUCCUUAAACCUUUAAAUGAAAAGGGAAAAACCUUUCCCCUUUUUUUCCCCCCCUUUUUAUUUUUAAAUUGGGGGGGGUUUCCCCUUGUGAGUUUGGAAAAGAAAAGGGGAGAGGUCCCUAAACUUUUCCUGAGGGGGGAAAAUAAAACAAAAAAACAAAGGGCCCCUUCCCCGUUUCACAGACGCCCCAAACCCGGGUUUUAACCUAUGCACACACCCCUUUUGGCAUCCGGGUAAGCCCCCAAUUUCCUACCUGUUUUAAAUUGGAGGCCCCCCGGGGUUUCCCCCCCUUCACUUUUUUAAAAGGGUUUUUGGAAAGAGGUUUUUGGGCCCCCCCCGGUCCCCCGAAACCCGGUUUAAGCCCCUUUGGCUCACUCCCAAAAACCCGGGGGUUUCAAAUUCCCAAAGGAAAAGGGGCCCCCAAAAGCCCCCCCCCGUAAACCGGGAGCCCGUUUUAAAGGCCCGGCGCAAAAAUUUUUGGCCCAGGGCCCCCCGGUUUCCGGGGUUUUUAGGGGGGGGUUUUUUGGGCCGGGCCUUUAAAAUUUUCCCUUUUUCCCCCCCAUCCCCCCCCCCUAUUGGGGGGGGGGGGGGGAUUUUCCUUUUGAAAAGCCCCCCGGGGGCCCCCCCCUCCCAACCCCUAAAACCCUUUUGGGUCCCCCCCCAGCUGGGGAAAAGGGGUUUUCCCCAAAACCAAUUGGGGGCCGGCCCUUGGGUUUUUGGGUUCCCGGGUUUUUUUUUUUUAAGGGGGUUGGGGGCCCCCAAAAAGCGGGUUUGGAAAGGCCCCGGUUUUUUUUUGGAGGUUUUGAAAGGGGCCCUUAAACCUUUGCUUUUUUUCCCCAAGUCCAUGGGGGUUUUUUUAAAACCCGAGGGAAACAAAAAAAACUGUAACAAUUGGAUAUCAUGAAAUUGGGGAGAAAAAUGGGUAAAAGUAAUCCUCGGGAUUCCAUUGAUUUGAUUAGCCAAUGGAAUCAAUUGGAUGAACAGUCAAACUAACCUAGUUUCCCAGGAUGAAUUUGGCCUCAAAUGAAAAAUAACAUCACAAAGUCACAUGAGGGCCUCAAGAAUAUAAUCUUAGAGAUUCAACUGCGUGAGUUUUGUUGAGGCUGAUGGCAAAUACUGUUCCUGUACCUGUGAUUUCAUCUGCUCAUCUUGGCCUCAUUAUUCUCAGUGGAUUUAACCCUCAUGAGUGCAUCUCUUCUUCCUCUCUUCCAUCCAUCCCUCCCUCUCCUCAGCAUUUACUGACAGCGUUUGGGGGGAUAAUCGCCAUCCCUCUGAUCCUGUCUCAGGGUCUGUGUCUGCAGCAUGACAGCCUGACCCAGGGUCACCUCAUCAGCACCAUCUUCUUUGUGUCAGGUGUGUGCACCCUGCUGCAGGUCACCUUCGGAAUCAGGUGAGUGGAGCUAUGGUUGGUUGGAUAUGGCUUUGGACAAAUUUUUCAACAGCAACAUAGUGACUGUUGACAUAAAUGGGGCCAAAAGCAGGGAGAACAAGGUACAAGGGAGUCAAACUUUUAUUUGGUCAAUAAAGAUAGACCUUGAUAAGAUAUCCUGGGCAACAUAAAGGUGGAGCCAUCCAACCAUGAUACUGUAACAUGCAGCCCACAACAAGGGAAUCUACUAGUCAUGAAUUGCCAGACAUCAUAGAGGCGAGGCUAGGCGUUUCUUUGUUGUAUUGUCAUAAAAUCCAUGGCAAUCUCCUGGAAUUUUACUUAAGGCGAAACACAAUAUCUGAUUUGGUUGUCAUGCUUUCCAGGAGAUCCAGCAGUAGACUAUCGUUUAUUGUAAAUUAGAUUGAUUUAGCUGAUACAUCUGAUUAACUAGGUUGUAUAGUAUGAGCUCUCAUGUCUCUUUCUAAGCCUCUGUUGACCUUCGGAGACAGUUUUUCAGGUCAGUGUGCUGCAUUAGCCUCAUACAAUAGCAUAUUCUCGACUGGGCACUGGGUCUUUGUGAAAUUAAAGCCAUCAAGAGCUGAAUCUCAAAAUGAAAACAUUUAGUUCUAACUGAAGCACUGCUACUGGAGCUCAGCUCCCCCACUCACACAACUCUAGGUCCUUGAGCCUGAAUUGGCAAAGGGUCAAUAGAAGAGAUUUGCUUGGUCAUAUGCUUGCAGAAGUGGUGAAGUAUAUACAGUGCUUUCAGAAAGUAUUCACACCCCUAGGCUUUUUCCACAUUUUGUUGUUACAGCCUGAAUUUUAAAUUAAUACAAAAAAUAUGUGUCACUGAUCUAUACACAAUACCCCAUAAUGUCAAAGUUGAAUUAUGUUUUUAGAUAUUUGCACAAAUUAAUAAAAAAUGCUGAAAAGCUGAAAUGUCUUGAGUCAAAGAGUAUUCAACCCCUUUGUUUAUUCAACCCCUUUGUUAUGGCAAGUCUAAAUAACUUUGGGAGUAAAGAUUUGCUUAACAAGCCAGAUAAUACUGUAAGUUGCAUGGACUUACUCUGUGUGCAAUAAUGGUGUUUAACAUGAUUUUUGAAUGACUACCCCAUCUUUGUACCCCACACAUACAAUUAUCUUUGAGGUCCCUCAGUUGAGCAGUGAAUUUCAAGCAGAUUCAAUGACAAAGACAAGGGAGGUUUUCCAAUGCCUCGCAAAGAAGGGCACCUUUUGGUAGAUGAGUAAAAUAUUUUUUUUUUUAAACAGACGUUGAAUAUCCCUUUGAGCAUGGUGAAGUUACUAAUUACACUUUGGAUGGUGUAUCAAUACACCCAGUCACUACAAAGAUACAGGCGUCCUUCCUAUCUAAGUUGACGGAGAGGACGGAAACCGCUCAGGGAUUUCACCAUGAGGCCAAUGGUGAUUUUAAACCAGUUACAGAGUUAAAUGGCUGUGAUAGGAGACACCUGAGGAUGGCUUAACAACAACAUUGUAGUUACUCCACAAUACUAACCUAAAUGACUGAAAAGAAGGAAGCUUGCACAGAAUAAAAAUAUUCAAAAAUAUGCAUCCUGUUUGCAAUAAAGCACUAAAGUAAUACUGCAAAAAAUGUGGCAAAGCAUUAUGUUUGGGGCAGAUCCAACACAACACAUCACUGAGUACCACUCUUCAAAUUUUCAAGCAUGGUGGUGGUUGCAUCAUGUUAUGGGUAUGCUUGUCAUCUGCAAGGACUAGGGAGUUUUUUUUAGGAUAAAAAGAAAAGGAAUAUAGCUAAGCACAGGCAAAGUCCUAGUGGAAAACCUGGUUCAGUCUGCUUUUAACAGAUACUGGGAGACAAAUCCACCUUUCAGCAGGACAAUAACCUAAAACGCAUGGCCAAAUAUACACUGGAGUUACGUACCAAGAUUACAUUUAAUAUUCCUGAGUGGCCUAGUUACAGUUUUGACUUAAAUCAGUUUGAAAAUCUAUGGCAAGACUUGAAAAUGUCUGUCUAACAAUGAUCAACACCCAACUUGACAGAGCUUGAAUAAUUUUUUAAAGAAUAAUGAGCCAAUUUAUGUACAUUCCAAAUUUACAAAGCUCUUACAGACUUACCCAGAAAGACACAGAUGUAAUCGCUGCCAAAGGUGAUUCUAACAUGUAUUGACUCAGGGGUUUAAUACUUACGUAAUCAAAAUACAUUAGUGUUUUAUUUUCCAUUAAAAAAAGAUGAUAGAAUGUUUCUUCCACUUUGACAUUAGAGUAUUUUGUGUAGAUUGUUGACAAAAAAAUUACAAUUAAAUCCAUGUUGAUUCCACUUUGUAACACAACAAAAUGUGGAAAAAGUCUAGGGGUGUGACUACUUUCUGAAGGCACUGUAGUUGUCAAGCUUGUGGAGGUUAGGUUAACUGCUGUAAUUACUGUAGGUGGUGGUUUGUUUUUAUGUCAUCUAUGUCAUCUAUGUCCAAACCAUGAUGAGCUGAUAUAAUCUGGUAAUACACUUUCAAGAGUAUAGUUAUUGGGCCGUUCUUGAUUUGUGGUGGCAUUUGGGCCUUUUGGAAGAAAUGUACUUCAUUUUUCUAGAUUUGUCAUUUAAAUAUAAUAUAAUAUGCCAUUUAGCAGACGCUUUUAUCCAAAGCGACUUACAGUCAUGCAUGCAUAAUUUUUUUUUGUGUAUGGGUGGUCCCGGCGAUCGAACCCACUACCUUGGCGUUACAAGCGCCGUGCUCUACCAGCUGAGCUACAGAGGACCACCCAUACACAAUUUUUUUUUUUACAUCAUGGCCUAUAAAUGUACAUCAUCCCAUUCUAAAUCAACUAAUAUGCAGCUUAAUGACUUUAAAUAAUUGUUACCAUUAUGAUAACAUUGUGCCACCAGUAGGAGUAGUAACGACGGUAACACCAAUGACACAUUUGAGGUUAUUAAGGCUUUUCUUAAAUUGAGGCCUUUAAAAAUAAUUUACAAAAUGUGAUUUCGUUAGUCAUUUUGCUCACAAUGCAAUUUCCCUUCAUUUAAAUUUAGUAACACCAAUGACACUUAGAAUUUAGACACCCCAUAUCAGCAAUGGAAUCCUGAAAUGUAUGUGUGAUUAGCUAAUAAUUUUCUUUAAUGUAGAUCCCUCCCGCAAUAACCGUUUGCCACUUCAGGGAAUGCUCAAGGUCCUUGUAAAUCCUUCUAAUGAGUGAUUUUCAAGGUGGUAACACCAAUUACAUAAAACUAAGCGACACAUUCUAUUUGUAAAACAAAAAAGGUAUUGUAGUUGCCUUCUUUGUUUUAUUAAUCUAUUCAAUAUCUGAAAUACUUUUGUUUACUUUCCAGCAUUCAAAAUAAUAGAUAAUGUCACUACUGGGACAAGACAAUUUGCUUGCCCUAACUACUUUAAACAAUGCAUACACAUAAUAUUUUGUAGUAUAAAGGACUUGCAUUACUAUUUGUAAUUAGGGGUUCACAGCAAAGCUGACAUGGUCAAAUAACUCAAGCAUAGACUGGUAACUUUUUUCUAAUUUGGAACACGGAAACUAGAGGACAUGAGUAACGUGGUCAAAAAGAAUGGCACUGAUUGGCCUAUAGGUGGCGCUGUAAUAAGCAGCCUCACUUAAACCCUCAUAUCCGCCACCCCGUUUGUCCUAGAGACUUGAAACAUUGUAUGUAGGUGUUUUGCCUUAAGGACCCAUACGGACCGUCAGGUUAAAUUUUCCUCCAUCUUGGACAUUUUGGAAAACCUUUUGAAAAACGUAUUCUCAUGAACCAUAAGUCCAAAUAACAUGGUACAUCUCUUAACGUAGGAUUGGUUGAGUUAUUGAUAAUAAGGAAAUCUGAUUUUAUUUGUCCAUUUAAAUACUUUGUAACUCCACUCCACAAUGGCUUACAGAUGUAGGAUCUUAAUUGGAUCACUCUUUUAUUUUCCUGCUGUAGCAAAUUGGCUCAAAUUAAGAUCCUACAUCUGUAUGUAAUGCUAAUGCUCAAAAUCAUCUGCAAUCAUCUUCUCCUCAUGAACCAUACAUCAGAUUCAUUCCAUUAAAUAAAUUGCUGCAUUCAAAUACAGUGGGGGAAAAAAGUAUUUAGUCAGCCACCAAUUGUGCAAGUUCUCCCACUUAAAAAGAUGAGAGAGGCCUGUAAUUUUCAUCAUAGGAACACGUCAACUAUGACAGACAAAAUGAGGAAAAGAAAUCCAGAAAAUCACAUUGUAGGAUUGUUAAUGAAUUUAUUUGCAAAUUAUGGUGGAAAAUAAGCAUCAACCUAGUCCCAGAUCUGCGUAGAACAAGAGGAUGUCCAACCAUAACCUACAACUCCUGCUUCACAAGACAAGUCUGUUUCUGAUUAUACUACAAAGUGGAAGAAUUCCUUAUGUAAUAGUCUAAAGAUUCUAGCCAGAACAUCUGAUCUCUGCAAUUUGCCUCUAUCUCCCUCCUCCCCUAUCUAUCUCUCUCCCUAUCCCUCAGACUGCCCAUUGUUCAGGGGGGUACCUUUGCCUUGCUGGCUCCCUCCAUGGCUAUGCUUUCAAUGCCAGAGUGGACGUGCCCUGCCUGGACCCAGAAUGCUUCCCUGGUCAACACCACCUCUCCUGAGUACAUAGAGGUGUGGCAGAGCCGCAUGCGAGAGGUGAGUGACACAUUACUAAACAUAAAGGUUCUCCUAAAUGACUAAAAUGUAAAUGUAAAGAAAGAAAGAGAGCAAAUGUAACCAUGUUUUAUCAUUUCUUGAUAACUCUUGAUACUCCACUAUCUACACUACCGGACAAACGUUUUAGAACAAAUCAAAAAAUUGAAUCAAAUCAAAAUGUAUUUGUCACAUGCGCUUACUUACAAGCCCUUAACCAACAAUGCAGUUUUAAGAAAGAAUACCAAAAAAUAAAUCACAAGAAAAUACAAUAUAUAAUAAUACGAAAUAAAAGUAACAAAUAAUUAAAGAGCAGCAGUAAAAAUAACAAUAGCGAGGCUAUAUACAGGGGGUACCGGUACCGAGUCAAUGUGCGGGGGCACCGGUUAGUCGAGGUAAUUGGGGUAAUAUGUACAUGUAGGUAAAGUUAUUAAAGUGACUAUGCAUAGCUAAAAAACAGAGAGUAGCAGCAGCGUAAAAGAGGAGUGGGGGGGGCAAUGCAAAUAGUCUGGGUAGCCAUUUGAUUAGAUGUUCAGGAGUCUUAUGGCUUGGGGGUAGAAGCUGUUUAGAAGCCUCUUGGACCUAGACUUGGCGCUCCGGUACCGCUUGCCGUGCAGUAGCAGAGAGAUCAGUCUAUGACUAGGGUGGCUGGAGUCUUUGACAAUUUUUAGGGCCUUCCUCUGACACCACCUGGUAUAAAGGUCCUGGAUGGCAGGAAGCUUGGCCCCAGUGAUGUACUGGGCCAUACGCACUACUCUCUGUAGUGCCUUGCGGUCGUAGGCUGAGCAGUUGCCAUACCAGGCAGUGAUGCAACCAGUCAGGAUGCUCUCGAUGGUGCAGCUGUAGAACCUUUUGAGGAUCUGAGGACCCAUGGCAAAUUUUUCAGUCUCCUUAGGGGGAAUAGGUUUUGUCGUGCCCUCUUCACGACUGUCCUCGUGUGCUUGGACCAUGUUAGUUUGUUGGUGAUGUGGACACCAAGUAACUUGAAGCUCUCAACCUGCUCCACUACAGCCCCGUCGAUGAGAAUGGGGGCGUGCUCGGUCCUCUUCUUUUUCCUGUAGCCCACAAUCAUCUCCAUACUCAUUCUUAAUUUUUACUAUUUUCUACAUUGUAGAAUAACAGUGAUGUAGCGGGUGAUUUUGACGGAGUCAGGCGGAGGAGGGUAAAUCACAGAAUCAAUUGUUUAUUCAGCAAAUACAGCAGUACACAGCAAUGUGUAAAACACUACAGUGCGGUAAUAAUGGCGCACUGGAGAAAACAAAGCACAUGGGUGAAUAUCCCGGCUAUACAAAAAUAUAAGAAGGCACAGGGGAGGAGCUUGGGUGGCAUGCCCGAGCGUUGGGAUAGGACAGCGCCUACUCCUACCUCGGACGCAUCCACCUCCACUACGAACAGCAAUGAUGGAUCGGGAUGGGCCAGUACCGAGGCUGAUGUGAACAGAGCCCUCAGGUUACUGAAAGCCCUGUCAGCCUCAGCAGACCAGUGGAGCCGGGAUGGCCCACCCUUCAACAGAGAGGUGAUGGGAGCUGCGACCUUGCCAAAGCCCCGGAUAAACUUCCGAUAGUAAUUGGCAAAGCCAAUAAAGCGCUGCACCUCCUUUACCGUGGUUGGAGUCGGCCAAUUACGAACGGCUGAAAUGCGGUCUCUCUCCAUCUCCACACCUGAGGUGGUGAUCCUAUGAAGGAGACGAAACUGUUGGAAGAACAGAAACUUUUCUGCCUUGGCAUAUAGGUCAUGCUCCAACAGUCGGCCCAGCACUCUGCGAACCAGGGACACAUGCUCGGUGCGCGUAGCGGAAUACACCAGAAUGUCAUUGAUGUAGACCACCACACGGCGACCAAGCAUGUCCCGAAACACCUCAUUCACAAAGGACUGGAAGACUGAUGGAGCAUUACGGAAUACCCGUAAGGCAUCACCAGGUAUUCAUAAUGCCCCGUGGUUGUGCUUUAUGCUGUCUUCCACUCGUCCCCUUCCCGGACAAACAACAGGUUGUCCGCACUCCUGAGAUUGAAUUUCGUGAAGAAGCGCGCCCCAUGCAUUGAUUCGAUAACAGAGGAGAUGAGGGGUAGAGGGUAACUAUAGCUAAUGGUAGUUUGAUUAAGUGCACGGUAAUCAAUGCAAGGGCGCAGACCUCCGUCUUUCUUCUUCACGAAAAAGAAACUUGAAAAGGCAGGCAGAACAGUUUAAACUGGAAUAGCAGCAAGGCCAGGCGGACUGGGGACAGCAAGGAGUCACCACGGCCGGUAGUCCCGACGUAUGGUCCUAGGGCUCAGGUCUCUCAGUUGGCUUUUCAUAGCCGAUCAUUAAGAGUUGAAAACAGCAGGUCUGGGACAGGUAGGGGUUUCGUAGCCGCAGGCAGAACAGUUGAAACUGGAAUAGCAGCAAGGCCAGGCGGACUGGGGACAGCAAGGUGUCAUCAUGCCCGGUAGUCCUGACGUAUGGUCCUAGGGCUCAGGUUCUCAGAGAGAAAGAGAGAACGAGAGAAUUAGAGAGAGCAUACUUAAAUUCACACAGGACACUGGAUAAGACAGGAGAAGAACUCCAGGUAUAACCAACUAACCCCAGCCCCCCGACACAUAAACUACUGCAGCAUAAAUACUGGAGGCUGAGACAGGAGCGGUCCGGAGACACUGUGGCCCCAUCCGAAGAAACCCCCGGACAGGGCCAAACAGGAAGGAUAUAACCCCACCCACUCCGCCAAAGCACAGCCCCCGCACCACUAGAGGGACAUCCCCAACCACCAACUUACAAUCCUGAGACAAGGCCGAGUAUAGCCCACAGAGGUCUCCACCACAGCACAAACCAAAGGGGGGGCGCCAACCCAGACAGGAAGAUCACGUCAGUAACUCAACCCACUCAAGUGACGCACCCCUCCCAGGGACGGCAUGAAAGAGCACCAGCAAGCCAGUGACUCAGCCCCUGCAACAGGGUUAGAGGCAGAGAACCCCAGUGGAGAGGGGAACCGGCCUGGCAGAGACAGCAAGGGCUGUUCGUUGCUCCAGCCUUUCCGUUCACCUUCACACUCCUGGGCCAGACUACACUCAAUCAUAUGACCUACUGAAGAGAUAAGUCUUCAGUAAAGACUUAAAGGUUGAGACCGAGUCUGCGUCUCUCACAUGGGUAGGCAGACUGUUCCAUAAAAAUGGAGAUCUAUAGGAGAAAGCCCUGCCUCCCGCUGUUUGCUUAGAAAUUCUAGGGACAAUUAGGAGGCCUGCGUCUUGUGACCGUAGCGUACGUAUUGGUAUGUAAAAGGUGGGGUCGUGUAGUGAUAGCCAGGGAAGACCCAACACAACAGGGAAAUCAGGGGACUCAAUAAUAUAAAAGGUGAUUUGCUCUCUAGGGGUCUCUUGCAUAAUCAUCGUAACUGGUGCUGUAACCUCCCUAACAAAACCUGACCCUAAUGGUCGACUGUCAAGUGCUUUGACAUACAGUGAGGGAAAAAAGUAUUUGAUGAUUUUGUACGUUUGCCCACUGACAAAGAAAUGAUCAGUCUAUAAUUUUAAUGGUAGGUUUAUUUGAACAGUGAGAGAUAGAAUAACAACAACAAAAUCCAGAAAAAUGCAUGUCAAAAAUGUUAUAAAUUGAUUUGCAUUUUAAUGAAGGAAAUAUGUAUUUGACCCCUCUCAAUCAGAAGGAUUUCUGGCUCCCAGGUGUCUCUUAUACAGGUAGCGAGCUGAGAUUAGGAGCACAGUCUUAAAGGGAGGGCUCCUAAUCUCAGCUUGUUACCUGUAUAAAAGACACCUGUCCACAGAAGCAAUCAAUCAAUCAGAUUCCAAACUCUCCACCAUGGCCAAGACCAAAGAGCUCUCCAAGGAUGUCAGGGACAAGAUUGUAGACCUACACAAGGCUGGAAUGGGCUACAAGACCAUCGCCAAGCAGCUUGGUGAGAAGGUGACAACAGUUGGUGCCAUUAUUCGCAAAUGGAAGAAACACAAAAGACCUGUCAAUCUCCCUCGGCCUGGGGAUCCAUGCAAGAUCUCACCUUGUGGAGUUGCAAUGAUCAUGAGAACAGUGAGGUAUCAGCCCAGAACUACACGGGAGGAUCUUGUCAAUGAUCUCAAGGCAGCUGGGACCAUAGUCACCAAGAAAACAAUUGGUAACAAUCUCCCGAGGGGCGCAGUGGUCUAAGGCACUGCAUCGCAGUGCUAGCUGUGCCACUAGAGAUCCUGGUUCGAAUCCAGGCUCUGUCGUAGCCGGCCGUGACCGGGAGACCCAUGGGGCGCCGCACAAUUGGCCCAGCGUCAUCCAGGGUAGGGGAGGGAAUGGCCGGCAGGGACGAUGGUAGAGCAUUGCGUUUGCAACGCCAGGGUUGUGGGUUCGUUUCCCACGGGGGGCCAGUAUGAAAAAUAAAAAAAGAAUGUAUGCACUCACUAACUGUAAGUUGCUCUGGAUAAGAGCGUCUGCUAAAUGACUAAAAAUGUAAAAAAUUGUAACACACUACACCGUGAAGGACUGAAAUCCUGCAGUGCCUGCAAGGUCCCCCUGCUCAAGAAAGCACAUAUACAUGCCCGUCUGAAGUUUGCCAAUGAACAUCUGAAUGAUUCAGAGGAGAACUGGGUGAAAGUGUUGUGGUCAUAUGAGUCCAAAAUGGAGCUCUUUGGCAUCAACUCAACUCGCCGUGUUUGGAGGAGGAGGAAUGCUGCCUAUGACCCCAAGAACACCAUCCCCACCGUCAAACAUGGAGGUGGAAACAUUAUGCUUUGGGGGUGUUUUUCUGCUAAGGGGACAGGACAACUUCACCGCAUCAAAGGGACGAUGGACGGGGCAAUGUACCAUCAAAUCUUGGGUGAGAACCUCCUUCCCUCAGCCAGGGCAUUGAAAAUGGGUUGUGGAUGGGUAUUCCAGCAUGACAAUGACCCAAAACACACGGCCAAGGCAACAAAGGAGUGGCUCAAGAAGAAGCACAUUAAGGACCUGGAGUGGCCUACCCAGUCUCCAGACCUUAAUCCCAUAGAAAAUCUGCGGAGGGAGCUGAAGGUUCGAGUUGCCAAACGUCAGCCUCGAAACCUUAAUGACUUGGAGAAGAUCUGCAAAGAGGAGUGGGACAAAAUCCCUCCUGAGAUGUGUGCAAACCUGGUGGCCAACUACAAGAAAAGUCCAACCUCUGUGAUUGCCAACAAGGGUUUUGCCACCAAGUACUAAGUCAUGUUUUGCAGAGGGGUCAAAUACUUACUUCCCUCAUUAAAAGGCAAAUCAAUUUAUAACAUUUUUUAAAUGCAUUUUUCUGGAUUUUUUUGUUGUUAUUCUGCCUCUCACUGUUCAAAUUAACCUACCAUUAAAAUUAUAGACUGAUCAUUUCUUUGUCAGUGGGCAAACUUACAAAAUCAGCAGGGGAUCAAAUACUUUUUUCCCUCACUAUAGACUAUUAGCUAAAGACCUGUCCAUAAAGUUCCCAGCUGCGGCUGAAUCGACCAGCGCCUUACACUGGGGUACUAUCAGGGAAGUUGACGUGUAUGGUGAAGUGCACAUUAGAGGGCUCUGAACGAGUGUGGGUUUGCGCUACCUGGGGUGACGAGAGAGUGCCCUGCCUGCCGCCUCCAGACCCAGAAGAACUCUGACGACAGUGUGCAGCAGAAUGUCCUCUCUUGCCACAAGAGUGACACUGGAUCUGUCGUCCUCCGUUCUCCCAGAUCGCUGCACCACCCAGCUCCAUCAGAACGUGAUCCUGGUUGAACGUGGUUCCUCCUCCCAUGGGGCGGCGCACAAUUGGUCCAGCGUCGUCCAGGGUAGGGGAGGGAAUGGCCGGCAGGGAUGUAGCUCAGUUGGUAGAGCAUGGUGUUUGCAACGCCAGGGUUGUGGGUUCGAUUCCCACGGGGGGGUAUGAAAAAAAUGAAAAUAAAAAUAAUGUAUGCACUAACUGUAAGUCGCUCUGGAUAAGAGCGUCUGCUAAAUGACUAAAAUGUAAAUGUAAAUGUUGAAAGUGGGUGAAACGGGCAAGCCCCUUCCAGGACGUCCUCUCGAAGCCAGCAGGUUGUUCAAUCGGAUGGCCAUGUCCACCAGUUGGUUGAAAGUCAACGUGGUAUCCAGGCAGGCUAGCUUCCUUCGGCCGCCCUCACGCAGGCUGCAUCGGAAGUGGUCGAUGAGGGCCAGCUGGUUCCACCCGGACCUAGCCGCUAGAGUUCUAAACUACAGGGCAAAAUCUUGCACGGUCCUUGUCCCCUGCCUCAGAUGGAUCAGACGCUCGCCCGCCUCUCUUCCCGGGGGGAUGAUCGAAGACUGCCUGGAAGAUGCGAGCGAACGCCCCGUAGUUGUCCAAAUCAUCUCCUCCUUCACUCCAGACCGCGUUGGCCAACUCCAGGGCUUUCCCCGAGAGGCAGGAGAUGAGGGCGGACACCUUCGCCCGCUCCGAUGGAGCCUGGCUGAUGGAAAAAUAGAGGUCCAGCUGCAGGAGGAAACCCUGGCAGCGGGCCGCUGUCCCGUCGUAUUCUCUCAGUCGAGAUAGGUGAAUACCUCUGGGUGCUGGGGUGUGGAUCCGGUCGCCCAAGCUGGCUAACAUGUUGGAAUGCUCCCGGACCCGCUUUACGACUCCAGGCAUAUUCCCCGCUCCUGCUGACUCCAUGCUGUUGGGUGUGUGAUUCUGUAGCGGGUGAUUUUGACGGAGUCAGGCGCAGGAGGGUAAAUCACAGAAUAAAUUGUUUAUUCGGCAAAUACAGCAGUACGCAGCAAUGCGUAAAACACUACAGUGCGGUAAUAAUGGCGCACUGGAGAAAACAAAGCACACGUGUGAAUAUCCCGACGAUACAAAUAUAUAAAUAGGUCAUUUAGCAGACGCUCUUAUCCAGAGCGACUUACAGGAGCAAUUAGGGUUAAGUGCCUUGCUCAAGGGCACAUCAACAGAUUUUUCACCUAGUCGGCUCGGGGAUUAGAACCAGCGACCUUUCGGUUACUGGUACAACGCUCUUAACCACUAAGCUACCUGCCUCCACCGAGCUAUCAUCACCUCCACAAUAAACAAUCACACACAAAAACAUGGGGGGCAGAGGGAAUACUUAUAUAGGUACUGAUGAGGGGAUGUGAACCAGGUGUGUGUAAAAACAAGACAAAACAAAUGGAAUGAUGAGAUGAGGAGUGGCAGUGGCUAGAAAGCCGGUGACGACGAACGCCGGAGCCUGCCCGAACAAGGAGAGGAGGCAUUUUCGGAGGAAGUCGUGACAAGUGAAGACAUCAAAACUAUGAAAUAACACAUAUGUAAUCAUGUAGUAACCAAAAAAGUGUUAAACAAAUCAAAACAUACUUUAUAUUUGAGAUUCUUCAAAUAGCCACCCAUUGCCUUGAUGACAGCUUUACACACUCUUCGUAUUCUCUCAACCAGCUUCACCUGGAAUGCUUUUCCAACAGUCUUGAACGAGUUCCCACAUUCGAUGAGCACUUGUUGGCUGUUUUUCCUUCACUAUGCGGUCCGACUCAUCCCAAACCAUCUCAAUUGGGUUGAGGUCGGGGGUAUUGUGGAGGCCAGGUCAUCUGAUGCAGCACUCCAUCACCCUCUGUCUUGGUAAAAUAGCCCUUACACAGCCUGGAGGUUUGUUGGGUCAUUGUCCUGUUGAAAAACAAAUGAUAGUCCCACUAAACCCAAACCAGAUGGUAUAGCAUAUUGCUGCAGAAUGCUGUGGUAGCCAUGCUGGUUAAGUAUGCUUUGAAUUCUAAAUAAAUCACAGAUAGUGUCACCAGCAAAGCACCCCCACAUCAUAACACCUCCUCCUCCAUGCUUUACGAUGGGAACUACACAUGCGGAGAUCAUCUGUUCACCCACACCAUGUGUCACAAAGACACGGCGGUUGGAACCAUAAAUCUCCAAUUUGGAUUCCAGACCAAACGACAAAUUUCCACCGGUCUAAUGUCCAUUGCUCAUGUUUCUUGGCCCAAGCAAGUCUCUUCUUCUUAUUGGUGUCCUUUAGUAGGGGUUUCUUUGCAGCAAUUCGACCAUGAAGGCCUGAUUCACACAGUCUCCUCUGAACAGUUGAUGUUGAGAUGUGUCUGUUAAUUGAACUCUGUGAGGCAUUUAUUUGGGCUGCAAUUUCUGAGUCUGGUACCUCUAAUGAACUUAUUCUCUGCAGCAGAGGUAACUCUGGUUCUUCCAUUCCUGUGGCGGUCCUCCUGAGAGCCAGUUUCAUCAUAGCGCUUGAUGGUCUUUGGGACUGCACUUCAAGAAACGUUCCAAGUUCUUGAAAUGUUCCAUAUUGACUGACCUUCAUGUGUUAAGGUAAUGAUGGACUGUUAUUUAUCUUUGCUUUUUUGAGCUGUUCUUGAAAUAAUAUGGACUUGGUCUUUUCCCAAAUAGGGCUAUCUUCUCUAUACCCCCCCUACCUUGUCACAACACAACUGAUUGGCUCAAACGCAUUAAGAAGGAAAUAAAUUCCACAAAUUAACUUUAAAGAAGGCACACCUGUUAAUUGAAAUGCAUUACAGGUGACUACCUCAUGAAGCUGGUUGUGAUCAUGCCAAGAGUGUGCAAAGCUGUCAUCAAGGCAAAGGGUGGCUAUUUGAAGAAUCUCAAAUAUAAAAUAUAUUUUGAUUUGUUUUAACACUUUUUUGGUUGCUACAUGAUUCCAUAUGUGUGCUAUUUCAUAGUUUUGAUGUCUUCACUAUUAUUCUACAAUGUAGAAAAUUGUACAAAUGAAGAAAUACCCUUGAAUGAGUAGGUGUUCUAAAACAUUUGACCGGUAGUGUACAUAUUGUAUACACAUGAAUGUGUUUCACAUUAAAUAGGAUUAAAUAGUAUUGCUCGUGUUUAUUGAUAUGUAUUUGCUCAUGUGGUGUGUUUGUAUUCCUCUACAGCUGCAGGGCUCCAUCAUGGUGGGCUCUUUGUUCCAGGUGCUGGUGGGUUUCUCAGGCCUCAUCGGUUUCUUCAUGCGUUUUAUUGGCCCCCUCACCAUCGCUCCCACCAUCUCUCUGAUUGGCCUGUCCCUGUAUGACUCGGCUGGAAUGAGCGCAGGGAACCACUGGGGCAUCUCAACUAUGUGUGUACCUCUCAGUAUGGUUUCACUCGGAACUCCCCACAAGCCUGUCGUCAUCAACUGUUGAACUGGGCCCAUAUCCACAAAGGGUCUCAGAGUAGAACAUUUGUCAUAAGUGCUGAGAGAGAGACAUUUUACUCCUACUCAUAUGGGUAAAAAUAAAAGCUAUGCAUGAAGCCUCUUUAGUCAUCAGCGUCCCACCUAGUCGACAGAUAUUUAGGAGACCUCAAGAGCUGUCCUAACCAGUUAAAGUAAAAAUCCACUUAAAAAAUAUAUAUUUGUAUUUCUUUCAUUCGUGCACUUUAACAUCAUGAUGCAAAAAUCUUCAAAACUUGACUGUUGACAUGCAAAACAUAUUGGGACUGUAUUAACAGCGGACUAAUGAAAGAAAUACAAAAAUAUAGUUAGUCAGUGGUUCCUGCGCCACAUGUAAUUGCUUUGGAGUUGUUAAUAUAAUGUUGUGAUAUUUAUGUUUUUAAAUUAUCAGUCCAUAAAUAAUCUAGACCUACAUGCGACAGUAUCUCUUGUGCGUUUGACAAUGAUUUCACGAGGCCUAUUUCACAUGACAUGCCUAAAUACUUAUAACCAUUGGGCUAAUAACUAUACAUGUUUCUUUCGAUUAUUUAUCAUCAUGUUAUUCCAAAUUAUCCCUUUAGAGCGCAACAUCUCAUUGUUAAAAAAAGAUACCUACAUUGGGCAUGCCUGUAAGUUGGGCAAUUGAAGGCAUCUAGGGCUUAUGUUAACUUUGAUUGUGUUUGAUGAAAAUGAUAGACCUUUCAAACGUUGUAUGCAACAUUACAUAUUAGGAUUACACGAACACAAGUCAGCAGCAGGGCAAGAAAUAAUAGCACCCUCUUGAUAAAGCACUCAUUGAACAAUAGCACACUCGUGGUAAAACACUCUUUGUAGAAUAGCACACUCGUGGUAAAAUACUCUUUGUAGAAUAGCACUUGUGAUAAUUAGCCUGCAAAGGCACACGUGUAUUAAUGGGACUUCCCUCUGCUCUCUGAACUAAAUCGCUCCAUCCUAAAUACAGCCAGCCCUGGAGGUCUCUGGGGAAGUGGUGACUAAAUAAAAAUGGUAGACAAACGAACAUAUAAUAAAGACAAUUAAACUAGUCCGCCCGCCAGGACAAUCCCAAAUCUUUUGCCUGAAUACCAGAUAAUUUGCCCAGGUGGACUAGACAAAGAAAACCGAAAUCCUAACUACCUAUCUAAUGCAAGGGACACAAACUAAUAACCCAGUGAGAGCAGUGAAAGGCUUCUCCAACUCUCUCCAAAAUACAAACAAUAAUUAUAACCUUGGCUCACUUCCAAAACAGCAAUAUUAAAACUUCAAUACUUUAUUAAAUGCACAACAUUAAAAAGAAUCGGUUCACAUUACCAUGUUAUAUCUUUAACGUUCCCGGGCUAUACCCUGAACGCUCUGACGGCAGUGGUCCCGACUGGACCACCUCUUCUUGUUUCUCUAACUGGGCCCUUUUGGGACGUACUGAAGCUGAACAGGAACGUGCUAUGUGUUCUACAGUACCUGGUCACACCUGAAACAAAUAGGUUUACCAUCUGGAUUCCUUUAGAAUCUGGGGGAUAGCUCACUGUUUGACGCUGCGUUUGAGGACCCAAGUUCCUUUAUUACAAGCUCUAGCUGGCUCUGCUGGGCUUAAAUGAGGGCUUUUACUUCAGACUGGUUUGCACCUGUACCUUCACAAGAGGCCUGAGACUGAACCACACUAGACACAGGAGAGGACUGAUUAUACUUGGGCUUAAGCAAACGGUUCUCACACUGUGCCACACACUGGGUGGCAACUUAGAAGUACCAAUACAUUUUAGCUAAAAAACCUGGGAAGGGCCUCUGCCCACGGUGUGCCGCUGAACACUUCCAGGUAGACAAUUACCACCAAAGCCCACAUGUCUUUUUGCCAUUUUAUAGUUCUUGUUUUGACUCAUGUAUUAUCAACUUUCACAAUAAGCUCAUUUUGUAUUAUUUAUUUUAUAGUCUUUUGCUCAGUUAUCAAGCGUGCCAAUAAUUUUGGACCUGACUGUAGGCUACAUACUGAAGAGUUCUUACCAUCUAAAUGACAACCACUCGCCUGAGUGGCGCAUGCGGCUUUGUGAACAGAGUUUUUUUCUAUCCUACAACAGGCAAACUCUGCUCUGAUGGCAAUCCAUGAUAUUCUCACCAGUGACCUCCGACACAUGCCCUGUACCAUUCCCCACAUACAGCAAGACCAAGAAACUCCACACCUCCAGGAUCUACAUCUUCCAGCUUCUACCUGUAAAUCCAUUGGAAAAUAAAGGGCUAAAUUAUAUCAGAUCUGCCCUAGCCGACAUCUGCAUAGCGGUUGUUUUGGAGGAGUCGGAGGUGGAAAUGUGCUGUCAAAUCCACAAGCUACACCCGACUUUAUAACCGACAAAUUCAAGACACAAGUUCAAACACUCAAAUGCGUGAUGUUCUAUUGUCUACACCGUGAUUAGACUGAUAGGCUAUAAUUCCCCCCAUCCAAAUUAACAUGAAAACAUGCAUUAGCCUGUCAUAAAUUCUAUCAUUGAUAGAGCCUACACUUUCAUUCGCCAUUUUGAACUUCUAACGCGGUAGGGAUAAUAAGGAAGGGAGUGGUUGGUGCCACACGAGCAGCCACUCACUGAUUUGUCAGCUCAUGCCGCAGUUACACCUCCAACACCGCAAAAAUAUCCACUAUGCUCGAUAAGACUCAAAGCUGUUCAUUGUUCACUUAUUGACCUUAUAGGGCCCGAAGUUUUCCCUGGUCAGUUCCUGUGGUCUGGAAAAACUCCUGGUCCUGAUAAUGACUGGUGUAAUAUUUGCAUGUACUGUGUGUGACUUCUUCCUCAGGUGCUCCUUGGCAUCACACUGUCAUGGCUGAUCUGUUACAUCUUCACCAUCUCUAACGUCCUGCCCCCAGAGCCAGAGCAGUACGGCUACCUGGCUCGCACAGACCUGAAGGGGGAUGUCAUAGGCCAGGCCCCCUGGUUCAGAUUCCCAUACCCAGGUACAAAGCACAGCUGCUCAGUGGGAUCAUAAGCAACUACUCCAUUACCUGAUAAUCAAGUUUUUGCUGGUCCGGUCACAUUGUCGGGUCACAUGGUCAGAAAAAACAGGGCUUAUCACGGUCCUAACCCAACCUUUAGUAUUUAGUGCUGUAUGGGUAACAAAUAUGUAUGGUUUAUCGAUAUGUAUAUUAAUAGAAAUACCCUAAUGUAUUGUAUGUUAACUGGAACCCCUGAUUCUGAUUCCAAUCUCAGGUCAGUGGGGCUUACCAACUGUGAGCCUGGCGGGAGUGGUAGGGAUCUUGGCUGGGGUGAUAUCCUCCAUGAUAGAGUCGGUGGGGGACUACCACGCCUGUGCCAGGCUAUCAGGGGCCCCUCCACCCCCCAAGCAUGCCAUCAACAGGGGCAUUGGCAUUGAGGGGCUUGGCUGUCUGCUGGCUGGGGCCUGGGGCACGGGCAACGGAACCACCUCCUACAGUGAGAAUGUGGGCGCAUUGGGCAUAACCAAGGUGAGAUGGAAUAGAGGCUAUUUUUCAUUAUUACGAUCUGGUUUUAGAUGUUGACUGCAAUAUGAUUUUAAGCAUAAUAUAGAUAAAUCAUAUCAAUAUUGAAGGUAUACUAGCUAUUGGCUGGUAUACAGUCUCAACAGACAUGGUUAUUUAUUUAUUUCUCAGGUUGGCAGUCGGAUGGUGAUCGUUGCUGGUGGCGUCUUGAUGAUCAUCAUGGGACUAUUCUGUAAAAUUGGAGCCAUUUUCACCACCAUCCCCACACCUGUGGUUGGAGGAAUGUUCUUGGUCAUGUUUGGGGUCAUAUCUGCAGCUGGAGUUUCAAAUCUGCAGGUAAAUGCAGUUGUAUUUACACAUUGUAUAGUACAAUGGCCACUAUAGAGACAUUUUGCAUAUGAAGGCUUUUUUAGUCUGACUCGUAGGCAGGGAUGCGGAGUAACCGAUUACAUGUAAUCGGUUACAUGUAAUCUGAUUACAUAACUGUAAUCAGUUAAAUUACCUGCAAAAAUAUUGUAAUCAGAUUACAGAUACCUUUGAAAAACUAGAUUACUUCUUGGAUUACUUUUAAAUUCAGAAAGGAUGUUUGUAAAAAAUUCAUUGCUUUCUCAAUGACAUUCAAUUAAUCAUUGAAAAAAGGCAGAAGUUUAAGUUUGUUCCACCUGAGCGAAUCUCAGAGAGCACUAUGAUGACACACCAAAUGUGUUUGAUGUAUCGUAUUUGUCUUCUUCUAACGCCUCUUAAGGGGAAGGUAAUCCAAAAGUAACUCAAAGUAAUCAGAUUACAUUACUCUGUUUGGGUAAUACAAAAGUUACGUUGGAGAUUAAAAUGUUGGACAAGUAACUAGUAACUCUAACGGAUUUUAGCAAAAUUCAGGUAGCUAUUUAAAAAUGCACAGUUUUUUCCUGGAAUCAGGAGGGAAUAAGCAAGAAAUCUGUGAAUCUGUUUUUGGUAAUUUUUUUGAAAGUUAUUAGAAUCAAAACAACCCCAAUGACUUGGUUGCUUUUCUCUGUCAACUCCUCUCUACUUAUCAUUUGACAGUAUGCAGACAUGAACUCCUCCCGGAACAUGUUUAUCUUUGGAUUUUCCAUGUUUUCCGGGCUUGUCAUUCCAAAUUGGAUAUUCAAGAACCCGGAUGCCAUAGCAACAGGUAUCAGAGCAGAUAAUGCAUGAAACACUAUGACAAAAAAAUCACAAUUCCUUACAAAAAAGCUGGGUGGAAAAGCUCAACAUAAGAACAACAUGGAGGGCAAGUGGAGGCCAUGCUGCUGAGAUCUGAGGUUCCUCUAGUAUGUGACUUGGCCCAGUGUGAUGAACUGUAUUCUCUUUGUCAGGUGUGGUCGAGCUGGACCAACUGCUGCAGGUGCUUCUGACACCCAGGCAUGGUUUUAUUGGAGGCCUUCUUUGGGUUUCUUCCUUGACAACACCAUUCCAGGUAAGCUUCUACUGUCUCUGUAGCUCAGCUGUAACACGGCGCUUGUAACCAGUUAGUGGUUUUAUAACACAAAAUGUAUCACACAUAGUAGUCGUUUGGAACUCUGGUUAAAUCUUAACCAGAGACAAUAGACGGGAAAAAUCAAAUCAAUAGUAUGAUAUGUUACGUUUGGUAUGAUUACAUAAGACAAAUGGUUACAUAUGGCAAAAAUAAAAGUCUAGCAACCCAAAGGUUGCAUGUUCGAAUCUCAUCAUGGCUAAUUAGCAACUUUGCAACUACAGUGGGGAAAAAAAAGUCUUUUUAGUCAGCCACCAAUUGUGCAGUUCUCCCACUUAAAAGUGAGAGAGGCUGUAAUUUUUCAUCAUAGGUACAAGUCAACAUGACAGACAAAAUGAGAAAUUUUUUUUCAGAAAAUCACAUUGUAGGAUUUUUAAUGAAUUUAUUGCAAAUUAUGGUGGAAAUAAGUAUUUGGUCAAUAACAAAAGUUUCUCAAUACUUUGUUAUAUACCCUUUGUUGGCAAUGACACAGGUCAAACGUUUUCUGUAUGUCUUCACAAGGUUUUCACACACUGUUGCUGGUAUUUUGGCCCAUUCCUCCAUGCAGAUCUCCUCUAGAGCAGUGAUGUUUUGGGGCUGUCGCUGGGCAACCCGGACUUUCAACUCCCUCCAAAGAUUUUCUAUGGGGUUGAGAUCUGGAGACUGGCUAGGCCACUCCAGGACCUUGAAAUGCUUCUUACGAAGCCACUCCUUCGUUGCCUGGGCGGUGUGUUUGGGAUCAUUGUCAUGCUGAAAGACCCAACCACGUUUCAUCUUCAAUGCCCUUGCUGAUGGAAGGAGGUUUUUUACACGGAUCAGUCGUCCUGGUCCCUUUGCAGAAAAACAGCCCCAAAGCAUGAUGUUUCCACCCCCAUGCUUCACAGUAGGUAUGGUGUUCUUUGGAUGCAACUCAGCAUUCUUUGUCCUCCAAACGCGACGAGUUGAGUUUUUACCAAAAAGUUAUAUUUUGGUUUCAUCUGACCAUAUGACAUUCUCCCAAUCCUCUUCUGGAUCAUCCAAAUGCACUAUAGAAAACGUCAGACGGGCCUGGACAUGUACUGGCUUAAGCAGGGGGACACGUCUGGCACUGCAGGAUUUGAGUCCCUGGCGGCGUAGUGUAUUACUGAUGGUAGGCUUUGUUACUUUGGUCCCAGCUCUCUGCAGGUCAUUCACUAGGUCCCCCCCGUGUGGUUCUGGGAUUUUUUCUCACCGUUCUUGUGAUCAUUUUGACCCCACAGGAUGAGAUCUUGCGUGGAGGCCCAGAUUAUCAGUGGUCUUGUAUGUCUUCCAUUUCCUAAUAAUUGCUCCAACAGUUGAUUUCUUCAAACCAAGCUGCUUACCUAUUGCAGAUUCAGUCUUCCCAGCCUGGUGCAGGUCUACAAUUUUGUUUCUGGUGUCCUUUGACAGCUCUUUGGUCUUGGUCAUAGUGGAGUUUGCAGUGUGACUGUUUGAGGUUGUGGACAGGUGUCUUUUAUACUGAUAACAAGUUCAAACAGGUGCCAUUAAUACAGGUAACGAGUGGAGGACAGAGGAGCCUCUUAAAGAAGAAGUUACAGGUCUGUGAGAGCCAGAAAUCUUGCUUGUUUGUAGGUGACCAAAUACUUAUUUUCCACCAUAAUUUGCAAAUAAAUUCAUUAAAAAUCCUACAAUGUGAUUUUCUGGAUUUUUUUUCCUCAAUUUGUCUGUCAUAUUUGUCGUGUACCUAUGAUGAAAAUUACAGGCCUCUCUCAUCUUUUUAAGUGGGAGAACUUGCACAAUUGGUGGCUGACUAAAUACUUUUUUCCCCCCACUGUACUUACUACUUUUUAGCUACUUUGCAACUACACAAAUCUCAUCACGGACAACUUUAGCAUUUUAGCAAAUUUGCAACUACUUAGAAUGUUAGCUAACCCUACCUCUAACCUUUAUCCUAACUCCUAGCCUUAACCCUUACCUUAACCCUAACCUUAACCCCUAACCCUAAUGUUAGCCACCCAGCUAACGUUAGCAUUAGCCACCUAGCUAAUGUUAGCAACAACAAAUGGCAUUUUCCAACAUAUCUUACGUAUUGCAAAUUCGUAACAUAUUGUAUUAAUUGAAAUUUGUAACAAAUGUGAAUUUUAAUUGAUGAAGGACAUCCACAUAUUCAUACAUACAGUACCAUACCAAACGUAACAUAUCACACUCAUUUGAGUGUCCUGGGUUUUACUAUGUUACGUCUCCAGUAUGGGAGGAUGGGGAACACUGUAUCUAUCCAACUGUUUCACAUAGAGUAAAAUACACUAGUCCUCCUCUUUCAUGUCUACAAUAUCAUAGCCUGUUCUCAGUCUCUGUUAUGGAUGAGUUGAAGCAUUCUAUCUCCACUGCUUUGGGCGACACAGGAACCUUGCAGGAGCGGGGCAUCAAAGCCUGGAACAAGAUCCCCCUUGAUGACUCCAGCAACACCUUGGAGAGCAGCGAGGUGUACAACCUUCCAUUUGGAAUCAGCUCUUGUCUCUCCUCCUACUCCUGGGUUCGAUAUGUGCCGUUCCUCCCUCCAAAUACACCCAGCUCACAGGACAAGACCGAGGUGGACUCUUUGGAGACCAUGCAGCAGCCUGUGAAGCCAGAGCUUAUCAUCAGAUCAGUGGCCCUAUGA